GAGAUCUAUGUUGAUGCUUGAUGCGUUGAAGAGUGUAUAUCAAAAGUGUAUAUUCAAUAUAUAACAAUUAUUUGUGUGCAAGGUUCAUUUCUGGGUCGUUGGUGAUAGGUAUAAUUAAAAAAAGAUAUUAAUUGAAUUGAUAUCACCUUUUCAAUAUAGUUGGGCGGACCAGGAUGGAGAGCCAGGGAACAACUGGAGGUACUGACCAGCAACAAGUUGUGAUGCAGAUUGCUGGACAAAAUGGUCAGCAGGUGAUUCAGACAGUCAAUGGCCAGCAGGUGAUCCUGCAGGGCCUUGGUGGUGCAGGACAGACGCUGCAGCUGGCUGGCUCUGGCGGAAACCACGUUCAAAUCAUCCCCAUCCAGAACCUGCAACAGGCGGCGGGCGGUGCACAGCAGAUGGUCCUCCAGCAGUCGCCACAGAUCGUGCAGACCCAGGACGGCCAGACGGUGCUGUUUCAGCCGGUACAGAUGGACGGCGGUGCGCAGGUAUCAGCCGCGACGCCCGCCGCCGCCGCCACACCGCAGACCCUGGGCGUCAACAACGGACAGAUCAUCAUGCUGAUGCCGGGCGGCGGCAGCGGCGGCGUCUCGCAGCUGCAGCGCAUCCCGCUGCCGCAGCCGGAGCUACUGGAGGAGGAGCCGCUCUACGUGAACGCCAAACAGUACCACCGCAUCCUGAAGCGGCGACAGGCGCGCGCCAGACUCGAAACGGACGGACGCGUGCCCAAAGAGCGGCGCAAGUAUCUGCACGAGUCGAGACACAAACACGCGCUGAACCGAGCGCGCGGCGAUGGCGGCCGAUUUGGCUCGAACCCGACAGGCAAGACGAGCUCGUCAGGGGGUGGUGGGGAGGCGCGACCCAUCACCACCGCUGCCAGCACCGUAGCGCAGCUGAAGUUCGAGGAGCGGUGCUGACGGCCAUCGGGGGUGAUCUGGCGACGUGAGGGGACGAUGAAGGGGUCAUUGAGGAGGGUUGCCAGUGUGGAGAAUGCAUUGUGAGCGAUCUCUGUACAGAGCUACCCGGCGUGUCGCGGGAUGACCUAAGUGCUCCUCGGUACGUGUAUGUAGCCGAGAGCGUGGGAGAAGCUUCCGAAGUAGUGUGAGACAGAUGCUGCCUCUUACUGUCUCCAGAAACCACUGGCUGCUCGGCGUGCCAGGGAGUGAGCGAGGAUCGACUGUCCCUAGCCAUUGCCUGGCCUUAUCUGAGUUUUUUUUUGUGUCUCUCCCCGCCGCCCAUCCCCUCCAUCUAAUGCCCUCUUGUCCCCUAUUCGGUGACGCUGUCGUCCCGUGCGUGUGGCGAAGGCCUUUUGUUUCCGUUUUGUCUCGACCGAGCAGUGGGAUGUCUCCCCAGUGUGACGGAGAUCGGUGUCCGAAAAGUCGCACAUAAUUGUACAUAGCCGUGCAGUCAAACAUUGCGGACCAUCGUGGUCAAAUUGUGGGACCUGAAGUGGUACGAACAUCCAUUACAUCAUCAUUUAUGCAUCAAAUAUAGAUUGAUUUCUU